AUCUGUCACAUAUGCACUGCAAGCGUAGUGUUGCUACGUAUCGUCAACACGAAAAAAGCAAUGUUUGCGCUCAAGCCUCUCAAGUCAAACCUCCUUCUCCGCCGAGCACCGCCGAUCCUCGCCGACAACCGGCGACGGAGGGUCCAUUUCCCGGCUUCCGGACGGCGGAGGCUGCAGAUUCAAGCGGUGAUCAGCGGCGGGGACAAUGACAAGGCAGGUCAGAGCGAGAGAGCGACGUCUCCGUUGGACAGCAAAGAAAGGAACGGUUCAGUGGCAUCAGCAUCAUCAUCAGGCUCUGUUUCUUCCACCAACGAAGGAAUUAAAGUGAGAGCUGUGGUGACAAUAAGGAAGAAGAUGAAGGAGAAGAUGAGUGAGAAGCUUGAGGAUCAGUGGGAGUACUUCGUCAACGGUGUUGGUCAAGGGAUCCAGAUUCACCUCAUUAGUCACCAAAUUGAUCCUCUAACUAAUUCUGGAAAAAGCGUGCAAUCCAACGUGAGAGGGUGGCAACCGAAGUUGUCGAACGUUGCUUACAUUGUGGAAUACGCUGCUGAAUUCAUCGUACCAAGUGACUUUGGUCGCCCAGGGGCUGUUCUCAUUACAAAUCUUCACGGCAAGGAGUUCUACCUAUUGGAGAUCAUUGUUCAUGGGUUCAGUGGAGGACCAAUUUUCUUCCCAGCAAACACGUGGAUUCAUUCGCGGAAUGACAACCCUGAAAGCAGAAUCAUAUUCAAGAAUCAAGCAUACUUACCGUCACAAACACCAGCUGGUAUCAAAGAUCUUCGACGUGAGGACUUGCUAAGCAUAAGGGGUAACCAAAAUGGGCAAAGAAAGCAACAUGAUAGAAUCUAUGACUAUGCUGUGUACAAUGACUUGGGCAACCCUGAUAAGGACCAGGAACUUGCCAGGCCAGUUCUUGGGGGUCAAGAGAGGCCUUAUCCUCGUCGAUGUAGAACUGGCAGACCUCCCACACACUCUGAUCCACUGUCUGAGAGUAGAAUUGAAAAGCCUCAUCCUGUUUAUGUGCCCCGGGAUGAAACUUUUGAAGAAAUCAAGCAGGACACUUUCUCUGCUGGGAGGUUGAAAGCUCUGUUCCACAAUCUUCUUCCCUCACUCGCAGCCACUCUGUCGAGUUCAGACAUUCCCUUUAAGUGCUUCUCAGACAUUGACAAGCUUUAUAUUGAUGGUGUUCUUUUGAGAGAUGAAGAGCAGAAAGGGGGUGUGGAAAACCUGCUGGUGGGCAAGGUGAUGAAACAGGUCAUGAGUGUUGGGGAGAGACUGUUGAAAUAUGAAAUCCCUGCGGUUAUAAAAGGGGAUAAAUUUUCUUGGUUGCGGGACAAUGAAUUUGCAAGACAGACCUUAGCAGGGGUCAAUCCGGUGAAUAUUGAGCUGUUGAAGGAAUUUCCCAUUAGCAGCAAACUAGAUCCUGCUGUGUAUGGCCCUCCUGAAUCAGCUAUAACAAAGGAAUUGCUAGAGCAAGAACUUAGUGGAAUGAGCUUGGAAAAGGCUGUUGAGGAAAAGAGACUAUUUAUCCUUGAUUACCAUGACAUGCUUUUGCCGUUCAUCGAGAAGAUGAACUCUUUGCCUGGGAGAAAAGCUUAUGCUUCCCGUACAGUUCUCUUCUAUACAAAGACUGGUAUUCUGCGUCCUAUAGCUAUUGAGCUUUCGCUUCCCCAUACUCAGUCUUCCCCACAAAAUAAACGUGUCUACACACAAGGGCAUGAUGCCACAACACACUGGAUUUGGAAGUUAGCCAAAGCUCAUGUUUGCUCCAAUGAUGCUGGCAUCCAUCAACUAGUAAAUCAUUGGUUAAGGACUCAUGCAUGCAUGGAGCCAUAUAUAAUUGCUAGUCAUAGACAGCUAAGCUCAAUGCAUCCAAUUUACAAGCUGCUACAUCCUCAUAUGCGCUACACAUUAGAAAUUAAUGCACUUGCUCGGCAAAAUCUAAUAAAUGGAGGGGGUAUAAUUGAGGCAUCUUUCAGUCCAGGAAAGUAUGCCAUGGAGCUUAGCUCAGCAGCUUACAAGAACCUAUGGCGAUUUGAUAUGGAGUCACUACCAGCAGAUCUUAUUCGGAGGGGCAUGGCAGUGGAAGAUCCUUCAAUGCCCUGUGGGGUAAAACUUGUGAUUGAUGACUACCCUUAUGCUGAAGAUGGACUCCUAAUCUGGUCUGCCAUAAAAGAAUGGGUAGAAUCUUAUGUUGGACACUUCUAUUCCGAUGCUAGUUCUGUUAUAUCUGAUGUUGAACUCCAAGCAUGGUGGAGUGAAAUCAAGUCUAAGGGUCACUAUGACAAAAGAGAUGAGCCCUGGUGGCCUAAACUCGAUACCAAAGAGAGCCUAUCUGGCAUACUUACCACAAUGAUAUGGGUUGCUUCAGGUCAACAUGCUGCCAUAAACUUUGGACAAUAUCCCUUUGGAGGAUAUGUGCCUAACCGUCCUACCCUCAUGAGAAGACUCAUACCCCAAGAGAAUGAUCCUGAUUACGAAAAGUUUAUUCAAAAUCCUCAGCUUGUUUUCCUUUCAUCACUACCUACUCAACUUCAAGCUACCAAAGUAAUGGCUGUUCAGGACACACUGUCCACUCACUCCCCAGAUGAAGAGUAUUUGGGCCAACUGAACCCUCUGCACGCUCAUUGGAUCAAUGAUCACGAGAUCAUGAAAAUGUUUAAUAAAUUCUCUGCUAGGCUGGAGGAGAUAGAGGAGAUAAUAAACGCAAGAAACAAAGACCCCCAUUUGAAAAACAGAAGUGGUGCAGGUGUCCCUCCAUAUGAAUUGUUGCUUCCCUCUUCAGGACCAGGGGUAACUGGUCGUGGAAUUCCCAACAGCGUAUCUAUAUGAUCAUUUGAGUUUAUGUGAUAUUUUGUUAUUUAUUAUUGUGCCUCCUCCAAUACACUGUUUUUCUUGGUAGAAACCGCGUAUGUGGAGCGUAAACAUACAUAUUUUUAUGGACAAAAUGUUAACACCACGUUUUCUGAUCUUUCUUUUCAACGCAGUUCAUUUUAUUGAGGGAAAUUCAUUCCCAAAUAUGUAGCAUCAGUUACUAAAUAAACAGCGAUAUUCACAUUAUAUUAAUGGAAUUCGUUAUUUG